CCGAGACCGCUCGGCUGGUUGGCCGGGCGCUCCCCGAUGGGAUAAGCUGUAAAGAUGUUCAGCUUUGAAGGGGAUUUCAAGACGCGGCCCAAGGUGUCCCUCGGCGGCGCGAGUCGGAAGGAAGAAAAGGCUUCUCUUUUACAUCGUACUCAGGAAGAAAGAAGAAAGAGAGAGGAAGAAAGGCGAAGAUUGAAAAAUGCAGUAAUCAUCCAGUCAUUUAUUCGAGGCUAUAGAGAUAGAAAACAGCAAUAUUCCGUCCAAAGAAGUGCAUUUGAUCGCUGUGCCAGCCUGUCCCAGUCUGGUGGCACUUUUCCCGUUGCUAAUGGUCCCAACCUCACCCUUUUGGUAAGGCAGCUUCUGUUUUUUUACAGACAGAAUGAAGACUCAAAACGUUUGAUAUGGCUAUAUCAGAACUUAAUCAAACACAGUGCACUGUUUGUCAAGCAGUUGGAUGGAUCAGAGAGACUUACAUGCCUAUUUCAAAUCAAGAGGUUGAUGAGCCUGUGUUGCAGGUUGCUGCAAAACUGUAAUGAUGACAGUUUGAAUGUUGCACUUCCGAUGAGAAUGCUUGAGGUAUUUUCAUCUGAGAAUACUUAUAUGCCUGUUUUACAAGAUGCCAGUUAUGUGGUGUCAGUAAUUGAACAAAUUUUGCACUACAUGAUUCAAAAUGGGUAUUUUAGAUCUCUCUAUUUGUUGAUUAACAGCAAGCUUCCAUCAAGUAUUGAAUAUUCUGAUUUAUCUCGAGUUCCUAUAGCAAAAAUUUUGCUAGAGAAUGUUCUAAAACCAUUGCACUUUACUUACAACUCCUGUCCGGAAGGUGCAAGGCAACAGGUCUUCACAGCCUUCACGGGGGAGUUUCUGGCGGCGCCUUUCACAGAUCAGAUCUUUCAUUUCAUCGUCCCGGCGUUGGCAGAUGCACAGACCGUCUUCCCUUACGAGCCCUUCCUGCGGUCACUGUUGUUGGCAGAGCGGAGGUGCUCAGAGAAGAGCGGUGGAGCACCGUGGCUUUUCUAUUUUGUUUUAACUGUUGGUGAAAAUUAUUUGGGGGCUCUGUCUGAGGAAGGCCUGCUGGUGUAUUUGCGAGUGCUGCAGACCUUCCUUCCUCAGCUGCCAGUGUCGCCGGCCAACGCCAGCUGUCAAGACUCCGCCAGCGACUCUGAGGAGGAGAGCGAGGAAGCCGGGAAGCCCACGAGCCCCGAGGACGGUAGACUGUCCAUACCAUACAUAACAGAGGAAUGUCUGAAAAAGUUGGAUACCAAACAGCAGACCAACACCCUGUUGAACCUGGUGUGGAGGGAUUCCGCCAGCGAGGACGUCUUCACCGUGAUGGCCUCCGUCUGUCACACACUCAUGGUGCAGCAUCGCAUGAUGGUGCCCAAAGUCAGGCUCCUCUACAGUUUAGCCUUCAAUGCCCGGUUUCUGAGACACCUGUGGUUUCUGAUAUCCUCCAUGACUACGCGCAUGAUCACAGGGUCCAUGGUCCCACUGCUUCAGGUGAUAUCAAGGGGCUCGCCUAUGUCUUUUGAGGAUUCCAGUCGAAUCAUCCCACUCUUUUACCUUUUUAGCUCCUUGUUUAGUCAUUCGCUAAUUUCCAUACAUGAUAAUGAAUUCUUCGGUGAUCCCAUAGAAGUUGUAGGUCAGAGACGGCCGUCCAUGAUGCCUUUCACUCUGGAGGAGCUGGUGGUGCUGUCCCGCUGCCUGCGGGACGCCUGUCUGGGGAUCAUCAGGCUGGCCCACCCCGAGGCCAGGCCGGAGGUGCGGGAGGAGUACGUCACGGCCCUCCAGAGCAUCGGGGUCGCCACCAGCGCCGACGUGCAGCAGUGUAUACAGAUGGAGCAGAAACGCUGGAUUCAGUUAUUUAAGGUGAUCACCAACCUAGUGAAAAUGUUGAAGUCCAGAGACACGAGGAGAAGUUUUUGUCCUCCAAAUCACUGGCUGUCAGAACAAGAAGAUAUUAAAGCAGAUAAGGUCACUCAGCUCUACGUGCCCUCGUCCAGACACGUGUGGAGGUUCCGGCGCAUGGGGAGGAUAGGCCCACUGCAGUCCACCCUGGAUGUGGGUUUGGAGUCCCCGCCGCUGUCGGUGUCUGAGGAGAGACAACUCGCCAUCCUAACAGAGCUGCCUUUUGUGGUUCCCUUCGAGGAACGAGUGAAGAUCUUUCAAAAGUUGAUUUAUGCAGAUAAGCAAGAAGUUCAAGGAGAUGGUCCAUUUCUGGAUGGAAUUAAUGUCACAAUAAGAAGAAAUUAUAUUUAUGAAGAUGCUUAUGACAAACUUUCCCCAGAAAAUGAGCCUGAUUUGAAAAAGCGGAUCCGUGUGCACCUGCUCAAUGCCCAUGGCCUGGAUGAAGCUGGCAUUGAUGGUGGUGGUAUCUUCAGAGAAUUUUUAAAUGAACUACUGAAAUCAGGAUUUAACCCCAACCAGGGUUUCUUUAAGACUACUAAUGAAGGGCUUCUGUACCCCAACCCGGCUGCUCAGAUGCUUGUGGGAGAUUCUUUUGCCAGACAUUACUACUUCCUAGGCAGAAUGCUUGGAAAGGCUCUCUAUGAAAACAUGCUGGUGGAACUGCCCUUUGCAGGCUUUUUCCUUUCCAAGCUGCUGGGGACUAGCGCGGAUGUGGACAUCCACCACCUGGCCUCCCUGGACCCGGAGGUCUACAAGAAUCUGCUGUUCCUCAAGAGCUACGAAGACGACGUGGAGGAGCUGGGGCUGAACUUCACCGUGGUGAACAACGACCUGGGCGAGGCACAGGUGGUUGAGCUAAAAUUUGGUGGGAAAGACAUCCCUGUGACCAGCGCCAACCGGAUCGCGUACAUCCACCUGGUGGCCGACUACAGGCUGAACAAGCAGAUCCGCCAGCACUGCCUGGCCUUCAGGCAGGGCCUGGCCAACGUCGUCAACCUGGAGUGGCUCCGAAUGUUUGACCAGCAGGAAAUUCAGGUAUUAAUUUCUGGUGCACAAGUUCCCAUCAGUCUAGAGGACCUAAAGUCCUUUACAAACUAUUCAGGAGGUUACUCUGCUGACCAUCCUGUCAUUAAGAUCUUCUGGAGAGUUGUAGACGGUUUCACUGAUGAGGAAAAGCGCAAAUUGCUCAAGUUUGUCACAAGCUGUUCCCGACCGCCGCUCUUGGGGUUCAAGGAGCUGUACCCCGCGUUCUGCAUCCACAACGGCGGCUCCGACCUCGAGCGGCUCCCCACGGCCAGCACCUGCAUGAACCUGCUGAAGCUGCCCGAGUUCUACGACGAGACCCUUCUGCGAAGUAAACUUCUGUACGCCAUCGAGUGUGCUGCUGGCUUUGAGCUGAGCUGAGCUCACGCUGACGCGGGAUCCGACCCUCUGCAGAGAAGCCGUGCGGCCUCUGCCAGCGGCACCUGCCCAGGCCACGAGGGCGCACGGCCGCCCGCGGCUCUCCCGGGCCCCCCCUUCUGGCAUUCCUCCCUCCCUCCAUCCUUUCAGUGAUUUUUAUUAUGAUGUGGUCACUUAUUUAGAUGGACAUUGCUUCUCCAAUAACUUAAAAUAAUAAAUGUUAUGUGCCAUGUGGCUAAUUUAGUAAUUUUGCCAAGAAGAGCACAGUUUUUAGACUAGUGGCAACUCAGUGAAAUAACCAAAGAUGAAGCUUUGGCUUUGCGAUGGGGUCGGGGCCGCAGCUGCUGCAGGUCGGCCUGGGCCGCGGGCGGCAGAGACAGGGUCGGGGCUGAGAGGCAGACGCCGGGGCCUCUGCUGCUCGCGGGGUGGAUUGUUUACAAGCCUGAUUGUGAAAACUGAAGGCAUUUCUUUUUUCUGCUGCCUUUUCCCAAAGUGGUUAGGUCUGGAAAGUAGCUGGCGAUGGUGAUUUUCAUCUGUGCUUUCUAAGCCACUUCCCCGCCCUGAGGCCAGCAGUGAUUACCCCCAGUGCCCCCCGGACCUGCGUCACGAGGGCUUGGGGUCACUGUCUGUGGGCGUGAGGGGCUUCACUCACUGUCUGUUUCUUUCUCAGCUUUGUGCCUGGAGAGCAUUCGGGGGAGGUAGAGGAGGAGGGUCAGCCCCCCUCCGACCACGUCCGUGUCUCCCACAGUGCCCGGUGACUUGUGGGAGGACAGACACUGUGGUGUCUAUUAAAGUCGUUUGAACCAAAGUGGCGGCUGCAUCUUUGUCCCAGUGCCUGCCGGGCCGGGCCUCUCCAUCACACUCUCCCUCCUCGCCCUGGCUGCACCGCGGCCCUCCUGGAGAUCCCGGGGCGGCUCGCCGCGCUCACCGUCCUCUGCUCUUGGUGCUGCUUUGACACAAAGACGGGACAGUCCCUGGUUCGUGUCGGGGAGGAGGAGCCUGGGGCGAUUCUUGUAAUGAGGCACUUUAUCAAGACCUGACUUGUUGCUGGGUGAUUUUAGUCUCCAAAAACAGAAAACGUUUCAGAGCCUCAGCCGCGGGAGCAGGGCUGUGCUGAUGCUGCGGGGUCGGAACCUCACUGUCUCUCCCGUCUCGUGUUUCGCGGUCACGGGGGCUCUGGGGCUGCCGCAGUCGACCGGCCGUCAUUAGCAAUACACUUUAAAUGUGGGGAACUGAAUGACACUUGUAAGACAAUGACCAUUAUCAAAAUGAAAUGUAUAAUUUCUGAAUUUGAAUAACAAGUGUUUAAAUGCUAUUUGUAGUCUUGAUAUACAGAAAUAAAACAAUUAGGGUUUGUCUUGGGCUUUAUUUUUAUUAUAGGUUGUUUUAUGUUGAAUGUUCUAUAUCUUCUUAGUUUGUAUAUUUUAUUAUCAAUAUUUUGGAAAUGGAAUAUCUGGAACUGAAAAGAAAUUGGUAGUUACACUUAUGUGUGGUUUUCCUGCAACUAUUCUGAGCUUAUUUAUUUAUUUGGAUGUUAUAAUGGCUAAAUAUUUGCAUUAAAUGUUUUUUUUCCCCAA